GGUCAGAGUUGAAAGUUGAACUUAGCAAAAACAUGGUAGAACAUGGGGAUAUCCGCGUGGUUCACCGAGGUGGCAGUAAAAUAAACUUUCGGCAGCCUGUCAUAACCAAUGAUUCAAGGUUCCUACUGUGCGCCUCAGGAGAGUGUGUCAAGGUGUUCAGCACAUCCACAGAGGAGUGUGUUCACGACCUACGGGGACACACCGACCUGGUGACAGGUGUGCUGCUCAAACCCUCCAACCAUCUGCAGGUUUACUCUUGCUCAGCAGAUGGCACUGUCAGACUUUGGGACUUCACAGAUGGCAUCCUUAUUAAGACUUACGUCAUUGGAUACCCGGUAUACUCCAUCCAUGCAUCUGCAAACCAUGAAGGAGUCAUCUUUAUCGUUACUCCCAUGCUAAGUGACAAAAGAUCUGAGUUGUUCCAGCUGGUUGCAGUACGUCUUCCACAGAGUGGAGAUCAGCUGAUGGAGGCUCGAGAGCUUUCUGCUGUGCUCAGUGAUGUCAGCUCCAAUCCAGCAGCCACUGCCUUCGGCAGAGGGGGGGAAUAUAUUGCCUCAGCUAAAGGUUUGCAACUGGAGGUGUACUUCUUCAAGAAGCAGAAGUCAUACAGGUUUUCCCUCAAAGAAGACAACAAGAAGGGAGGCAAGAACACAUUCACGUGUGUCUCCUGUCACCCAAAAGAUGACUGCAUUGCUACUGGGCAUGAAGACGGCAAGAUUCGCCUGUGGAGAAACUUCAACCACAAGAAGGAGUACACAUAUACGACCCUGCAUUGGCACCACAGUGCUGUUAGCUCACUGUGCUUUACCCCAGAAGGCACUAACCUGUUGAGUGGAGGCAUGGAGUCGGUGCUUGUCCAGUGGCGAUACAACCAAGAGAGCCAGCGGGACUUCCUGCCCCGCCUGGGUUCUGCCAUCACGCACAUCGCUGUCUCACCUGAUGGAGCACUGUUCUGUACCUCACACAGUGACAACAAGAUCACAAUAAUCCAGAGCUGUGUUAAAGUGUCAGCUGUCAUUCAGGGCCUGGUCAAAGGAGAAAGUGUCAGGACAGACCUAAUGAUGGACCCACGCAGCAAGUCCUUGGUGCUGAAUGGGAAACCCGGCCACCUGCAGUUUUACUCCCUCCAAAGAGACAAACUGCUGUACAAUCUGGAUAUAGUGCAGCAGGAGUACAUUCAUGAGUCGGGCCUGGAGCAGUUUGAGGUGGUCAAAAUGGCCUUUGAUGCCUCUGGCAACUGGCUGGCAACAGUGGAAGAAAGAAAACAGAAGGUCACUGAGCUGGAGCUGAACUUGAAACUGUGGGCAUUUGAUGAACAAACACAGAGUUUUGUGCUGAACACAACCAUCUCGGCCCCCCACGAGGCGCGGAUUACAGCCAUGUGCUUUUGCCACGCCAUCGACAGCCAGACCACCAUGCUGGUCUCCACUAGCAAGGACGGACACUUCAAAGCCUGGCAGCUGGCUGCACCAGCCCACACAGAGGUAGAUGAAGGUCCUUCCUGGUCCUGUGAUUUCGUUGGAGCCUAUCACGGCCUGGCGCCUGAGUGCUGCUGUUUCUCAGCCGAUGGUUCCCUGCUGGCCGUCAGCUUUCAGGAGGUAGUGACUGUGUGGAGCCCAGCUUCCUGGGAGCUCCUGACAACUCUGUCACAGCCGCCAAAAGCCAUCAGGAAUCUUUGUUUUGGGCGACUAAGCUGUUCCAAGUAUCUCCUGGGUACUACCGCCAACAACCUGCUCUGCUGCUGGAACCUCCUCACCUGCUCAUUGGAGUGGAGCACCUCAAUGGACAUCAGCCUGCUGUUGGCUGACCCCCUCACUGAGAACAUGGCUGCCUUCUGCUGUCAGGCUGGAUGCACCGACUUGUUCGUGUUUAAGCCCAGUGAGCCUCGGCCGCUGUUUUCCCACAAGGCCGUGUGCUCGGGGAAGGUGACUCACGCUGUUUUUGCCCCGAGGGAGGAGAUGCUGGAGAGCUGUGAAGAGAGCAGCCAAUGGCUCAACCGCUCCCAACUCUACUUCCUCACUCAGCACAUGGAUCUCAUGACAUUCACCACUAAGGCGGAGGAGGACAGACUGAUGGCAUCCAGCAAACAGCUUGUAAUCGAUGACAGUGUUGCCAUGACACCGUUCCACCUGUUGCUGGGGAAACACAGGCAACAGGAGAGUGAAGACAUGCUGAGCAGUCUGUCUGCUGAGAGAACACCUCUGCCACAGGGCUCUGCUGCUAUCAGAGAGCUUCUGCAGACCCCGGCUCAUGUCUUGCCCUCAACCUCUUUCCUCUGUUCAAUGUUUGUACAGUCUCUGCUCAUCUCCGUUACAGACACCAGGGAGAAAAAUAAACAUGCAGAGGAGGAAAUGGAGAGCGAGAAAGAGGAAGAGGAUUCAGAUGGCGAAAUGGAAUCCAGCGUUCAAGGACCAGAGCAGGCGUCUCUGGGAGGCCUGGCGACAGCAGAGUCUGCAGCCCCCGCUCUAACAAAAGCACAGGUUAGAGAACUGAGGAGGGUGAAGAAACUUGACCACAGCUGGCUUUCGGGCCUCCUGAACUCUUGAACAUGGCUCUUUACAGAGACACUCGCACAGAUACAGUGCCUAUAGAAAGUUUUUAACACAACAGUGUUUGUUGUUUUGUUUUAUGCCAUUGAGUCAGAAUGGAUUUCCUCUGGAAGAAAAAAAACAAAGUGUGAAUAAAUCUCUAAGCAGUUACAAAACAGAAAUAUUUGAUUGCAUAAGUAUUCACUCCUUUGGCAGCAAUUACAGCCUUGAGUCAAUGUGGUUUCAAUUUCAACAUUUGAACAAAAAAAAAUCUCCCCUAUUCCUCUUUCAAACUGCUGAAGCUCUGUUUGACUGGGAUAAUAUGUGAACUGCAGUUUAUAAGUCUUACCCCAAACUCUGGACUGCACUGAGAUCUGGAUUCUGAAUUGCCACACCAGAAUAUUAACAUUAGUGUGUAGUCCCAUUGUGUAGUUUUGACUUAAUGUUUGUUGUUGUCUUGUAUGAAAAUAAAUCCUUUCCUAAGUCACAGUUCUCUUGCAGACUGCAGCAAGUUUUCCUCAAGGGUUUUUGUGUUUCACUGCAGUUCUGGGGCUGCUUACACUAAGUUUGCAACAUGCAAGCUUUCCCCAUUAUCUUCUUUUGACACUUCUUGGACUAUCACUUUAUUUGUGAUCCAUACAUAAGCAUGCAAGAGCUCCAUAUUUAUUAGCAAUUUGGAAUCUUUAGUGCUUGCAAAUAAAGUUUGUAAAAUGGCUCCCUGUUACUCACUAACUUUGCAAGGCUCUUAGUUCCUGCUGCAGAAAAAAAUGGUGCCACUACCAGACUUUGUGCAAGGGAAGGUGUGUUUUUGCUGAUGUACGGUCUUCGGUUUACAUCUAACAUAAAGUUUACUAUGAUGAUCAAAAAGCACACUUAUUGAAUCAAAAGACAGAGAACCUUCUCGUUUCAUUUCAGUGUCACAUGCCUGCUAAUAAUAACUAGCUGAGGACAUGUAUGGCUAUGAAAUAUUUGUUAAAUUUUAUGAUUCUUCUGCCUUUUCAGUUAAUUGUCUGAAAUCCUUCUUUGUCUUCAUCAGUGGUUCCCAACCUUUUUACCAGCCGUGAUAACACGACGGCUGGUAUUGUUAUCAUAUUGUGAAUCUGUGUGUGUGUCAUAAUUGCAAACUGUGGUCUAACUGUGGUCUAACAGCUAUUGUAGCAGAACUACCACAGAAGCUAUUUUGAGUAUUUUUUUCUGUCGGCCGUGGACAGAUUUUGUUACCGCGACAACAUUGCAGUUGUGCCAGAUGCAGUCAAAAGACUUUACAGAUGUGAAGUUGUGAUCAUAACGGAGGCGUUUGAAGAUGGGAGUGGUCCGUGCAAGGGGGCAAAAGUGGGAUCACUGUUCAUUGGAGUUGUACCUCGUAUGAUUUUGUGUGACAAAUUAUUGAUUGGAAGUAGGGAAGGGGCCAUUGAACCCCCCACUUUGUACCCCUGGCUCAAAUUUGUUUUAAGUCUCUGAUCACUUUGUUGCAGCUGGAGUGAUCCCAUCGCAAGACUGUCUCUAGUUUGACAUAAUUGUUGAUGUUUUAUUUUCAGAGAUUUAUAUUAUCGUUUUCACAUUAUGUGAACUAUUCCACAGUCCCUCCCUGGUUGGGAAUCUGGUCUUCAUGACAUACUUUUUGACAAAAUAUUAAAUUAAAAACACCUGGAUCUGCAACAUAAAGCUUUAUUUAACUGCUGUGCCUUCAUUAAACACAAUCAUCAUUUCACUUAAAACAAGUGGCUGCACCAGUGUUGAUUUUUGUAUGUCAUAGUAAAUGGAUUGAAUAGUUAUGCAAUCAUUUAGUUUGGUGUCUUUGUAUAGUUACUUUUUUACUUGCACAUGAAAGUGUUUUAGUUGAUAAGAGUUUAAGUGUUAAAGGGCCAGUGUGUAAAAUGGGUUGAAAACAGUGACAUCAGUGGUCAAAUUCUAGAUUGCAGGGCUCACUCGCUCACCCCUUCUGUCGGGUAAAUGACGGUGGCCUCGUAGGGACAAAAAGCCUUGCGCACGAGUUUUUCAGGAGUAGGUCUAUCUAGCGACGAGGUGAAUAUUUAUUUAGAAAUCUAAACCACGUUAUGUGGUAUAUAAUAUAGUAUAUAUUGUAAUGAAUCCCUCACGAGCAGGAGACCAGAGGAGCGUUCGGGAAAAAGGCCAGUUUAUUUGAGCACCGCCAACCUCCAGCCCACACACUGACUGACAGCGUAGCCAGUAAACAGAGCUCAGCUGUUGAUUUAGCCUAGGGAUAUCUCCGGACUAUAGUAGCUGCAAUGGACGACUUUGAAUGCGAUUUUGAAGAGUUUCUUGUAGCGGACACAGACCCAGAGCCAUACCUGUUUGAGCCGGAGCAUACAGAUGAGGAACUCCAUGUGUUUGAUGCUGAGCGGGCGAGAAGAGAGGCUGAAUGCACAGAAUGGGAUUCGGUGCUACCAUUGUUGGGGAGAUAUAUCAUCAGGAGGAAAGCGCUGCAGAGAGUGCAUCACAAGGAGUGAAGUUGCGUCUUCUUUUCCUCGCAGAUGACGGUUCGGGUUCAUUCUCUCCUGUUGUGUGGUAAAUGUGGUCCAUUCUCAAACUUUAUAACUAAAAAACUUUUCACUACUCUCCAUCGACGAACUACUAACACUCUCUGCUGUUUCCUCCUCCUUCUUCCUUCCUUCCGCUGUCUUCGUUGGUUUAUUUAUACACGCGAAACGCAUUCUCUGGCUGGCUGGAUUGUCCGCUCGGUCUGCCGUACAUGCAUGGCAGCGCAAGAUGGCGACCUCUCUCUCUAAAAAAGCAUAAUUAUAAGGCUACGAAAACCAAACGAAUUUUAUUUUAUAGUGAUUAUACACUUGUAUAAACAUAUUAAUGGGUAGAAUAUUCAGAUUCAGAUUCAGAUUGACAAUAAACCAUGCCAAAUAUUACACACUGGCCCUUCAAGAAAGACGACUCACUGUAAUUCAGUGUUAAAACCAGGAAAAAUCCAAGAGGGGAAUCAGUCAGCCUUCUGUCUGACUGAUUUUGAGUCAUCCCUCACCUUUUUAUCCAACAGCAGUGCGUCUACAAUAUAGAGUCCAAACUCAGUUUUUUUUUUUGUUUUUUUUUUUUACAGUGUCAGUAUUGUGUGAGGUAAUUCAGUAUAGUAGUGAGUUAUAUAUGUAGAUGACAUUUCUCAAAUUGUUGUAUAAGCAGGUGAACCAUGACACAGCGUUGGACUGUUGCCUUCAAAAUGUGUUUGGAAAUGAGGCAAAAUGAAUGUUACAAAAUACAUGAUGAUUACAUGUUGUUUGAGGAAAUGUAACCCAUGGUAUUUUUUGACCUUGAAAAGUCAUAUUAUUGGUGCUGUAAAGUCAGUUCGGAAUCAGCAGACUCUUGAGUAACACAUCUCAAAUUCCUGAGUAAGCUGUCUCAGAAACAGAGGGUCACGUUUUGUUCCCAGGCUUGGAUAAGACCGUGCACUUUCAUCUCAGCAUUUUUCAGUUCCUUUCUCGAUCAGGUGCUCUGAGCCAAGGCCUCCCACCGCAGAGCACAGAUCCAUCAUACCCCACCAUGAUCCCUGCGUUUGACAGACAUUGAGCUUUAUUGAUCAAAAUUAUCGAGUCACAUGUUUAUCUUUCACUUUUAUGACUUGAUUUCAGCUGGGAUUGUAAAGCGGACCAAGUGAAUAAAAAAAAUAAAAAAAGAAACACAAUCCCUGUCUUAUACUUUAGGGUAGAUUUUACUUUCUCUGGUGAUUGGGGGGGGACGACAGUAAUUCACUUCAAUAUUUAGUUUAAACCCAGAAACUUUACAACAGGUUGACUUUCCUUCCUAUCUUCUCUGUCCACUACCUUUACAUUUACCCCUGAGCAAAGCACCACAAUGAGCAACUUUAUAGAAA